CUUCCUCUUCUUUGCUGCUACUCAGAAGUUAAGUAUAUCUCACAUUUUUGCUCUGCAAACAUACUAUUAUCCUUUUAAAAAAUACAUUUAUCUAUAUUUAAACAUACCCUCAGUUAACACCCUAUACAGUUGCUUACAUUUUUAUCUCCGCUGCCAUUCAUUCCUUAUUUUAUUUUGUCUGACAAGCAUAGACUUAUAUAUCACUUUUUCCUCAGGUCUUAUUCACCUCUAGCUUAUAUCAUUACCCCUGGUCCUUACCGUUUACCUUCCGUUCUUAGCCUCUUUUCUCCCCUCCAUAUACCUAUUCAUUCUUCUCCUCAGUAUCGCUGGUCUCGGCAUUGCCGGACUUCUCGCGAUACUACGCGAGCUGGUCCUCAGCUUCGCGCUCUUUGGUUAUCCCCCGCUCUGUGGUUUUCUCCACUCUGUGACUGAACUAUCAGACGUCUUCUGUCAGUCAGAGUGUUCGCUCCCUCAGAGACGACCGCGGCAUUUCGCCUACUGAAAGCGCUCUUUAAGUCAAUUUUCUUUUCCCCUUUCAUUGUUUUCUUCCAAUAGUAAUUCCUACUGGCAUACUUUUAUAUUUAUUAUUGAUAAUUUCUGUCACAAUUACUCCGGUGCCGGUGAUAUAAUUCUUCAUACAGAUUUUCUGUUCAUUUGGCCAGUCUAUUAUAUAUUUUACCUCAUUUAUAUAUAUAUAUAUAUAUAUCCUUAUUCCUAUAUAUUUAACAUAUAUUGCAUUAUGGCCAAUGAACAAACUGUUAAAGACAUGGAGUCCAUUAAUGCCCAACCUAUGGAUAGCAACUCCAUGCAGUCUAUGGUGGACUUAUCAGUCCGGAAUGCAAUGGCCAGUAUACCAGAGAUUGUGGCCCAAUCCAUGGCUCUAUUCAUGUCCCAUGAUAAGUAUCAGCAACCCCCCAAGGCUGGUCCUUCUACCCCGUCGGAUCAUUUUUGGUCCGCGGAGGACUCUACUUCAAAUUUAGCCAGGGGAUGGGGAAAGUCUGGGAAGGCCACCCAUAAACGGCCUAUGCCUACUACCGGUCCUUCAAAAUCCUAUAAAAAACCUAAAGUGGUUAAGGACCAGGUUCCAUCUUCUGCUGUUACCAAAAGCAGACAUACUGAUGCUAAAAAAUCGCAUCCCAUACCCUCCACCCGGGAGGAGAAACAUGAUAACCGGGUUAAAAGAGUAUCCCGGAGAGAAAAACCGGACUCUUAUAACACCUCCCCUGACCAAUCCUCAUCUGAGGAAGGUGAGAUCUCGGAAUAUGCCUCAGACUCUGAAUAUGAGGACAUCUCUGAUAAUGAAGAGCCUACUAUGGCUAUUGAGGACCCUAAGGCAGUCAUUAUGGACAGUGCGGGAAUCCCGUAUUUUGACCCAAGCCUACUUAAACAUCCACGUUCUGGAGAAUGGGAUCCUCAUCCUCAGGUGACCCAAUUUUUAACUCUAUGGGUCAGAAAACCUAUAGAUAGAGCCACUCGCAACAGGUUGCGAGCAGAAUGCCCUAGACCUAAUAUUCCAAAGAAACUAUCCAUUACCCCAGAGAUAGACCCUCCAUUGAUUAAAUACCUAAACAAAUCAGGGAAAAAUCCCAAAAAAGGUAUAGAUCGCUCUUUCAAGACAAUCCAGGACAGAUUUUUAGACCUUCUGGGUCCCUUAACAAAAAUUUUGGACCUCACUGAGGAGGCUAGUUCCUCUGGCAACCCAGUGAACUUAGAAGUCCUUAAAGGAUGGGCUCAAAGGGCCCUGUGUAUAUUUGGUGGCAUUAAUACUACCAUCUGCACUGAACGUAAAAGGUCCAUUCUAUUAAAAUUGGAUCCUCAGUUGAUUAACCUAGCUACAACUGAACCUGAAUCCUCCACCGAGGGCCUUCUCUUUGGAGACACGUUUAUUAAAGAGAUAAAUAAAUAUGUAGCAUUAUUUUCAUCUCUUGAUAAGGCCCAAACAUCCCUUAAGAAGGUUUUUCAACCUCGGGUUUUACCCAGGGCUGGGAAAAGAAGGGGCAAUUUUCCCAGCCGCCAGUCUCAAGAGAGACAAUAUACACGUGCCCCCCAAAGAACAGACAGAUUCCAGAACCCUACCUCCACCUAUCAAUCCAGUCCAUUCUUUCCAACAAGAGGAAGACCGUGGAGAGCCAGAGGACAUCGCGGAUAUCCCAGAUCUCGACCCAACGCUGUGUAAUUCACGGACUGUCAAGGAUCUUCGUGUCAACAGAAUAUUCAUCCAUUCCACAUCUUAUAAGACCGGUUUCCAGUUUCUCAUGAAGUUCACUCCUGUUUAUCCCUCUUCAGAACUGUUAUCCACAAUCUUCUCAGACUCCUAGAAACUAUGCUAGUUGAAGAUGAUUUAUUUCUUCAGAUAUUGUUUCUUCACUCCGACAAAUUCUUAUAGGACUUUAUUGUCUUGUUUUCCUUAUAUUAUUUUAUUAUAACGUUUUGCAUCAAAGAAGAGGAAGUAUUGUAUGUUACCUUGCCUCAUAUCACCUGUGCUAACCUC